CCAUUUUAACUUCACUGUGCCGCGUUUCAAGUUGGUGGUGUAUUUCCUAACUCCAGCUCCAGUUUUUUUCAGGAUCAGGAUUAAAACCCGGCGGUGAAAGGGUUAAGGAGUGGGGGUCUAGAUUCCUCCUCUCCUGCUAGCCAUGAUGAACAAAUGAACUCUCGGGGAAUGAAAUUUAAAUUUCACAAAGGAGAAAAAGUUCUCUGUUUCGAACCAGAUCCCACAAAGGCUAAAGUGUUAUAUGAUGCAAAGGUUGUUGACGUUGUAGUUGGAAAAGAUGAGCGGGGUAGGAAGGUCCCAGAGUACCUAAUUCACUUCAAUGGUUGGAAUAGAAGCUGGGAUCGCUGGGCUGCAGAGGAUCAUGUUCUCCGCGAUACCGACGGAAACCGCAGAUUACAGCGUAAACUGGCACGCAAAGCAGUGGCUCGCAUGAGGAGAAAGGGAUGGAAGAAACGACGCUGUCGUCUGCCCGGUGUUGACUCAGUGUUAAAAACCCUACCUGAAGAGAAGGAGGACAGUGAUGCUUCUUCUCUGAUUUCGUCCUCUGGAGACAGCGACGAAGACGACUCUGAGGACCCGGAGUCUUUAAAAAGCGAGGAGAGCGACUCGUCUGAGGAAAUGAAGGAGGAACAGGAAACUCACGCCAAACGGGAGUGGCUGGAGAAGAGCGGAGAGGAUAAGACCAUCAACAUCGAGAUCCCAGAGGUCCUGAAGAAGAAGCUGGAGGAUGACUGCUACUACAUCAACAAGAGGAAGAAGCUGGUCAAGCUGCCCUGCCAGAUGAACAUCGUGAACAUCCUGGAGUCGUACGUCAAGCACUUCGCCAUCAACGCCGCCUUCUCCGCCAACGAGCGCUACCGCCACCACCAGGGCGCCACUCAGACCAACCUCAACCCGCACUACGUGCCCCCUGAGAAAAAUGAGGAGCUCUGUAAGGAGAUGGUGGACGGGCUGCGUAUCACCUUCGACUUCACCCUUCCCAUGAUCCUCCUCUACCCCUACGAGCAGGCCCAGUUCAAGAAGGUCAGCUCCUCCAAACUCUUCCUGCCCAUCAGGGACACCACUGCUGGUUCCAGCAGGUGUCUCCGGGAGCGCUCCCCCAGCCCCCCCGGGAUGAACCCGCUCACCCCGCAGUCCUCGGACAGCCAGCCGGCGCUCAGCGAGCCGUCCACGCCCAAGCGUCGCCGUGGCGACCCCGACGCGCCCCAGUCGCUCCGCCGCUCCACGCGCCACACGUCCGGCAGCGAGAGGCUGUCCGAGAGCGGCACCUCCCCCCAGCCCAAACGCCGGCACACCGACACCCCCGCCCCCCUCCCCAAGUUCUUCCUCAGUCUGGAGAAGAAAACCCCUGCGAAUAGCGGCUCCUCCUCCCCCCUGCCGCUCACCCCCAGCAAAGAGGGCAGCUGCGUAUUCUCAGGCCUGGAGAGCAGGAGAAACAACGAGCUCAACGAGGUCCUGAGCUGGAAGCUGACGCCCGAUAACUACCCCCAGAGCGACCAGCCCCCCCCACCAUCGUACAUGUACGGCUCCCAGCACCUCCUGCGCCUCUUCGUGAAGCUUCCGGAGAUCUUGGGGAAGAUGCACAUUCCUGACAAGAACCUGAAGGCCCUGGUCAAACACCUGGAGCUUUUCCUCAGGUUCCUGGCGGAGUUCCACGAGGACUUCUUCCCGGAGUCGGCCUACGUGUCAGCGUCGGAGGCGCACUACAGCAUGAAGCACCCGCGGACGGUCUACUGAGCUCCCGCGCGGCCGCCGCCGCCCUCAACGCUAACGUGCUAACCGCCUUUGAGACUGACCCCGGAUCAGCCGGAGAGAGGAGCUCGACCCCCCUGCCUCAGACGACGCCCGCGAGGGCCGAGACUGACCCCAGUACAGCAGGAGCGGCCCGAGGCCCGCUCGCGAGCCGCAAAAAAAAUAUAUUUAAAAAAAGAAGGCUAAGAAUGGACACCCACUUCCUGUUUGGGGUGCGAUGGACAGGAAGUCUCUGUUGCUUGCAGCUCUCCCGACCCCGCUAGCUGAACGCAGCCCUUUCCCUGCAGCGCCCUGUUUUUUUCAUGUCCGGCAGUAGAAUAGUCUGGAGUGGGGUAAAAAUGUGAUUGGCCACAGUGUUGGAAUCCCCUCUGACCUCUGCUCUGAUCUGCGUUUUCUCCUGCAAGCAAGGCUUCAGACUGUCCCCUGAUUACAGUUGGAUUUGUUCUUCACGUUUUAUAAAGCGGAUGUUAGUGAAUUAAUUAGCCCCCCUCUCUCUCUCUCUCUCUCUCUCUCUCUCUCUCUCUCUCUCUGUGACACUGUUGUGUUUGUUCAUUGUAUUUCUUUUCUUUUCUAUUUUCUGCUUUGGGCUGUUGCUGUGUAUUGCAUUGAUAAUGUUGCAUGUCAAAUUGAAGUUUGUUUUCAUAAUGCAGUUUUUUAAAAAUAUAUUUUUUUAUUGUGCCAUGCUGUAUAGAUAGUGUUAUUUUUUUAUUUUAAUUUUUUUUUUUUAUUAAAGGAAAUGGCAGCACUUUUUUUCCUUUCAAAUAUUUGACAUAAUUUUAUUGGUCUUAAUGGUGGAAUGUUUUAUUUUGCAAGCAGACUUUUAAGUACAGCAAGUUCCCUUGGCCAUUCUGCCAAGAAACAAUUAAGCCCGGUGCCAUUAAUGAGACAAUUUUUUACCAUGGUGUUCUGGACAAAGCUGCUCGUCCUCAGAUUGUCCUUGAAUCGUAAAGUAGCUGGCCACAGGCGUAUGUGAACUUGGUGUACGU